AUGAAACUCAGUCAACUAGUUGAGUUUGAUGCCACCUGGCGACAUAUGAUCUCCCGCGAACCAUUUGGCGAUGGCCUAGGUCAGCGGACACUCAUGAUUGUCCAGGGGUCUUCUUCCGAAUGGUUCUUAAAUAUAAUAGAUUUCGAAGAUGGUCUGAAAGAUUUUGACCCAAGAGAUGCCCGAAACUUCGAAACUCUUCCUUCUGUGCACCAGGCGAUGGCCUAG